AUGUUCCGUUUCCGAGCAUCAACUUCAUCUGUUGGCCCUCCCGCCAACCCCACCUUAUCUCCCUUUGCCUCACCCGCAAAACCAAGUCAGCCAAGCCUACCCACCAGCACUUCGACUUCCUCCAUGACUAGCUCAGCAACUGCUGAUUUGAUCCCUUCAAGCUCCAGCUCCAGCAGCAGCAUCUUGUCCCUUCUCCAAGCCCACUCUUCCGCUUCAACCUCCACUUCUUCAAUCUCUGCGCUCUCUCCAGCUACGUCUCUCUCUUCCCUUCCCUCUGAAUGUGCCAAUCUCACCUCAGAACCCUUACCUACUCCCGAACCGACCAAAGCAACCACCAGAGUACCUCGCGCCUCCACAACUACCAUCACCCCUCGCAAGCAGCAAUCACCACCCUCACAUGCUGCUAUCUCGCCUCGCAGAGCUACACUCUUAACUUCACCACGCACUUCCAGGGCUGCCACUACCCUCAACGCCCAGUCAUCUCCUUCACCGAAUAAAUCGGCAACCCGCCGUUCUACUAUCGUACAUACUAGCACGGAUCGCAGCAGCGCAAAGGUCGUAAACAUGGCCAAGAAGGCCAAGGUGGGGUCUGCUGCUAAGAGCUCCCCCUUCACCAAGGCUAGCAACGCAGCAGAGCAGACCGACUCGAACACUGCCGCAGCAGAUGCUGAUGCACCCCUCGCAAUCGUGACCGAAGAUGAAGGUACCCCUGCCCUCGGCACCCCAGUUACGUCACAGUCCAAGUCAGCAGACGUAGCAUCAUCCUCGACUUUGGAGACCAAGCAGAAUGUUGUCGUUUGCGUACGCAUGCGACCCACCCGUUCCACCUCCACUGAAGCAGCAGUCUGGACCUGCGACCCAACCAAAAAUUCCAUCCUCCCCACCGAACACCAUCCCGCAAUCGCUAAACGCACCACCUCAUCCGAACGUGCCGGCGCCUCCACCUCCAUUGCCAACCACUCCACUCCCCAAACAGACGAAGAUCAAUCAACCUACCAUUUCCAAUUCGACAAACUCAUUACCGCCCCUCAGACCACUGAUGAUAUGUACCACUCCCACAUCGCCCCUGUUGUCCGAGCCACGGUGGAGGGCUACAACGGAACGGUGUUUGCAUAUGGUCAGACUGGGUCUGGUAAGACGCAUACUAUGUCGGGAAGUGAUGAUGAGCCAGGUGUAAUUCCUCGUGCUGUAGAACAGGUUUUCAGUGCGAUUAAGGAAGAACAGAGAUCUUUUGGCUCCUUUGCCGCCGGUGGGGGCGAAAGACCCGCUUCGCCGACAAAAGGGGGGUCUAGUCACGCUGCUGGUCAAUCUCAAUCUUCGACAUUGAGGAUUAUCGAGGAUCAAAAACAGAACCGGGUGCUAAUCACAGGGUUGAGCGAGGAAAUCGUCACUAACUCGGACGCUGUGUUGGACUUGAUCAAUCGCGGUCAAGAAGAAAGGCAUGUAGGUGCAACAGAUUGGAACGAGCGCAGUUCGAGAUCGCACUGCGUUUUCACUCUCACUAUCGAAUCUCGACCGCUGCACACUACAAGUUCUUCGGGUAAAGAAGUUAGGAUCAGUCAACUCAACCUGAUUGAUUUGGCGGGAUCGGAACGUGCAGCUAGCCAAGCAGAAAGACGAAAGGAAGGAGCAUUCAUCAACAAGUCCCUUCUCACUCUGGGUACUGUUAUUGGAAAGCUCACAGAGCCGUCCGAGGGUGGCGAUGCUCAUGUGCCUUAUCGAGACUCGAAGCUGACCCGCAUCCUGCAGACCUCGUUGUCGGGCAAUGCGAGGAUUGCAGUCAUCUGCACGCUCAGUCCCGAUUCAGAGCAUGCAAACGAAACGCUAUCCACUCUCAAAUUCGGUAAGAGAUGUAAGUUGGUAGUCACGACAGCGAAAAAGGGAACUGCUAUGGAUGAUAAGGCGUUGUUGCAGAAGUAUAGGAAAGAGUUGGAUGUGUUGAGAGCAAAACUAGAGGCGAAUGGGCCAAGUCCCAACCCAGACAAUGUUGUGGUGGUCGACAAGGUUGAUCCUGCGGCAUCACUCGAGUCGCAGCAAAAGUUGGACGAGUUGAACCAGCAGAGAGAGGCAGCGAAGAAGGAGGUUGAGGACAUGCAAAAGAAGCGGAGCGAUCUUAAAGGGCAGAUCGAGCAUCUGACAAAGCUGAUUUUGACAAGUCAGAGUGUAGCUGCUUCGGAAAGCGGGAAUGCUGUUGCUGGUCCUAGUACACCCGUCCGAAGCCGACCUGCUCAUGCUCAUGCGUCCGCACUAGCAAGGAGAGGACCGAGGAUGAGCGACUUUGCUGGUUCCCUCUACAACUCUCCCAUAUCCUCUUCCGUCUUUGCUCCAACCGGCGAAGAGACGUUGAGUGGGGUAAAACCCUUCGAACUCGAAUCCGAGCUUGCAGCACUUCGUCGUCAGCUCCGCACCCAAAUCGAGUCGCGUCAAACCCUCAUUGCAGCCCAUACAGCCGAACUUGCCGCUCGCGACGCACGCGCUGCCGAUUUACAAGAAGCUAUCCGACUUAACGAACAAGAACUCGACGAAGCCGAAGUUGCAUACGACAAGCUCAAAGAAGAACGUGACGAAGCAAGAAAGAUCGCACUAAAGGAACAAGAGAAGGCGAGAGAGAACAAGAAGAAGUUGUUGGAGGAACAGGAGGCGAAUCGGUUGUUGAAGUUGGUGGCGAAGGCUAGAGCUGGGGAUGAGGAUAAAGCGAUGGAAGAGCAGAUUGAGAGGUUGAGAGAGCAGUUGAAGUUGAAAGAGGCUCAAGUGGCGGAUGUGAAGGAAAGAUUGGAGAUUCAGUUGAGGGAGGCUAGGAAUGAGGUUGAGCGGGAGAGGAAGGCGAGGGAGAUGGCGGAGAGGGAGAGUGAGGAGGCGAGGGAGGCAAAGAUGGUGGUGCAGGGCGAGUUGGAAGCUGCGACUGCCAAUGCGGACGAGUUGAAGGAGAAGCUUGCUGCAGCGGAGAACAGCUCCAACGAAGACGAGGAAGAUGUCAAUGCCGAGUUCCAAAACUUGGUCCGAGGUAAAGCAGCACAAGACACCGAAGCAGCAGCACGUCUCGACCAACGUUCAACCGAACUUGACGAGCGAGAAAGACAACUCGAACAGCUUCGCACCGAGCUUGAGCAGACACGUCUCGACCUCGCUGCAUCCCAGCCCUCACCAACAGCAACACGCGAACUCGCAUCGCUACGCGACCAUCUCUCCGCAUCCGAAGAGGAGCGCCAACUCCUUCAAGUUGAAGUGGCGAAACUCCGUGCUACUGCUUCUAGUCGCGAACAGGAUGCCUCGAAACUCGCUGCUUUCGACUCGCAACUCGCUCGUGCGAACGCCAAGAUUGCCGAACUGGAGAAAGAGAUCCUAGCAGAGAAAGCUAGGACUGCUGAAGCACUGAAGACUGUUGCACGGCCACUUCCUGUGCCUGCUUCGGUGGCGCAAGAUGCUGGUGCGGCGGUGCAAUCUGUCCCUACUUCUCCGAUCAAGGCUUUUGCUGGGUCCAAAUUGCGUGGUUUGACUCCGGAAACGAGUGGUGCUGGUACGGGGUUGAACAGAGCAGGAUCGGUCAAAGAAUACAGAAGGUAUCAACCAGGUGCGGCAGAUCCCUCUUCCCAAGCCUCACCCUCACCGGCCGCAUCGGGGAGCAGAAGCGCCUUCCUCAGUCAAGAAACUUUCAGUGGAGGUCGAUCUGCCACACUCAACAGCGGAUCAGCUGCGACCAACAAAGCUGAAAAGGAAGAGAUCGAACGACUAAACUCUGUCAUCAACUCACAGCGCGCGAUCAUGGCCGAUCUCGAGAAAUCCGUCGCUAGCUGGAAGACUCGUAUGAAAGCCCAAGCAGAGCUGAUUCAAAAGUUGGUCCUUGAAAACAUCCCUUCCACUCAAUCGCCUCCUACUUCGGAUGGUGAGAAUGAAGAAACCUUUUCCUCACUCUCCUCCCCUCGACGAAAGGCAAACUUCAGUCACCAAGAAGAAGGAAGCAACACUUUACCCAGAACCACGCAUCUCUCGCUAUCCCAGCAUCAAGCGAUGAACGAACCGUACUAUGGAGCGCAUACAUACAACCGUCCCCCACCGACUCUUACAUACGGUGUGAUGCCUGGCUCGCCACACAAAGCAGGGUUUUCGGCGAACACUUGGUCCGCCUCCUCUCCCUCCCCCCUACCCUUGCCAUCAGGGAACGAGUCUCCAUCGAAGAGAAAGCCGAGAAAAACCAUCGAGAUGGAUCUAAAAUUGCUCAAAUCCAGUCCUAGAGUGGAAAGUAACAAGACCAAGUUCGAUCUAGAUGCUCUAACCGCUGGGUCUAGGACACAAGAUACUCCGACAAAGCGUAGAGGCACUGCUGCUUCUGCCUACUACAUUUAG